GCUACCGCUAACUUUGCGGUGGUAUACUUUUCGCAUUGCAGGGAGGAGUCAGACGUUAGUUUCUUCAUUAAAGUGGCAUAUUUAUUGAUUUAUCGCCGUAUUUACAGCAUGUUUAGCUGCCUGAACCGAUAAUGUAGGUCGCGCAUAUCACUGACGUACAGCUAUCGACGAGUUAUCGUGUAAUCUUUCGGCAAAAGACCGAAGGAAACAGGAAAGCGGAACAAUAAAUAAUUCACCAGAGGGAUCCGUCGUAGGCGACCAUGUCCAUGGCCCUGAAGCAAGUCUUCAACAAAGACAGAACGUUCCGGCCCAAGCGCAAGUUCGAGCCCGGCACGCAACGCUUUGAGCUGCACAAGAAGGCGCAGGCGUCUCUAAACGCGGGCCUGGACCUGAAGCAGGCCGUGCAGCUGCCGCACGGCGAGGACCUCAACGACUGGGUGGCCGUCCACGUGGUCGACUUCUUCAACCGCAUCAACCUCAUCUACGGCACAAUCAGCGACUCCUGCACCGACCAGACCUGCCCCGUCAUGUCCGGCGGGCCCAAGUACGAAUACCGCUGGCAGGACGAGCACAAGUACAAGAGGCCGACCGCGCUGUCCGCGCCCAAGUACAUGAGUCUGCUCAUGGACUGGAUCGAGGUACAGAUCAACAACGAGAACAUCUUCCCCACCAACAUUGGUACUCCCUUCCCUAAGUGCUUCAUGCAGGUGGCUAAGAAGAUUUUGUCUCGUCUAUUCCGGGUGUUUGUCCACGUCUACAUCCACCACUUCGACCGGGUCUCCCAGAUGGGGGCCGAGGCGCACGUCAACACCUGCUACAAGCAUUUCUAUUACUUCGUCACUGAGUUCAACCUGACGGACCACAAAGAACUGGAACCCCUGAAAGAGAUGACUGCUCGAAUGUGCCACUGAGGGACCUGAGGACACGUCCGUCUGUCUGUCCAUCUCCACGACUGAAUCAGAGAGAGAAAUGGGAGCAAAGAAAUCCAGAGUCUAUUUUUAUAUUUAAGUACUGUAAUCUAUUUUAUCCACAUUCUUUAGGUUUUUAAUGAGAACAUUCUUGUGUGAGGCAAACUAUUCCUUUAAAAAAUGAAAAACAAAAGAGAAAAAGCUCUUGUAGACAUGCUAUCAGAGCUCAGUAUUAAGUGGUGUAUGUUUGUGUUCAUGUCUUUCUAUUUUAUUUCAAUCAUUCCACCAUGCUAUCUCCUUCCUCUCGGUUUAAAAAUGAUCUGAAAUUAGAUUUUUAUUUCUGACUGUAAGUCUUAAAAAUCACGAUGUUGUUACAUUAAAGUGAUUUCUAAUCUCUUUUAAGUGGAA